AUGCCCUCUCAUAGAUUUGAUCGUGGGCGGAUGUUAAGACAGGAGGACGCAGCGGAGUUGUCUCAAGAUGGCCACCUAUCCAGAAUCGCGGGUAUACCGAAUGGGGGUCAAUCUAGUUUAACGACAACUAGAUCUGGGGUACAAAGAGCUUUUUUACCUUCUAGAACUAGACGAGAAAACGGACAAUCCUUGGGAAUUCCGCAGCCUUCGACAGUUGGUUCCAUCUUGGCACCUAGCUUAAUUCCGCCGAUGGGAAAGAUGCCCCCCCCUGCCCAGCCUCAAUUGAAGCCAGGCCAUCCAACCACUGAUUCGUGUGGGAAAGCAUCUUCGGCAGAAGGGCGAUCCCGUAACGUUCUACGAAGAAAAGCUCCUUCAAUAGAGCAAUACGCGGAGCGUACUAGGGCAGCAUCGGAUACGUCAAAGCUUGGCUUUUUAGGUUCUAAUACCUCCUUGUCAAAGAUGGGGGAGGGUGAAAGCCUAUUCAGCUCAGAGCCCAUUUCAACGGACAGGCCCCACAAAGAUCUGAAGAGUCAAACUCGGGAUCAAAUCCAGCUUCUACAGCCAAAUGCUCAACAGCGCUCCAGAGCCGGCGAAAGUCAAAUUCCUCGCAUCCCGAAGGAUAUCCCAAAGGAAUUGGCCGGACUAGUAAAUGCGGUAAACGCAACGGCGCUUCCCCCUCCGACUCCUAAUUUCACAUCCACUAGCAGCCCUUCCACUAGAUAUUCUGAAUCUCCUGGGCCAUGGAGUAGCAGAACGUCCACUCCAACCUCCAUGUCUUCGUAUUCACCUGGGAUCAUCCAUCCAACAAAGAUAGGAUCACGUCUAAGGCAACCAAGUCCCGCUCUCUCGAGAAGCCCGCUUCCUAGACAAUCUACUGCCCCUGUUCCUUCCACCAUUCCUCUCACUUCCACCAAAGAUGGAACUCCCCCAUACCCAAGAACACCGCGCAAAGCUCAGACACAUCCUCCCAUAACGGCAAACAAAACUGAAAAAGACGAACGGCAACACGGUGACAAAAAGAAAGCCUCCCAAACUCCUCGCGGCCCUCCACCUCGAAAACCGGCCACCAAAUUCAAACCUCCAAAGCCGAAGGAGGACGAUUCCACUCAGAUGUCAAGUAAAAACUCAGAGAUCCGGAAAGAGAAGCAGAGUAUCGAGCCAGAUCAACGCAAAGCUGAAAAUGCUUGUCGGCUACCAGCUCCAACCUCAACCUUUCCACCACCUCGGCCCAGCCGUGAGGGUACAAGUGACCUAGAACUAAAGCCAUCCCCCGUGAUUCAGAGUAAUAUGGCAUCCCUAAAGCACUCGGGACAUAAAAGUCAAGCAUCCAGCGAAUCUGCUCAUGACAAGUUUCAUAGAAAUUUUACUAUCAAUUCUUCGACAGAAUCGUUCCAGUCUAAAGGCUCGGACCGGAUUCAUAAUCGAUAUGCUUUUCCCUAUCCCGCUGGUAACCAGAGUUCCAAAAUUGCUACGGUUACAAAGGACUCGCUGCCUCGUGCAAAUACAGUUUUAAGAAAAGGCCCUAAGGAAACUAAAGAGCCUUUGGAGAUUAGCGGGAUACGGCGGUUUGGGAUAUUUUCAAGUAAAGGAAAAUCGGAUACGGAUAUAGUUGGUCCGGGAUGGAAAGAUAAACCGAGCCGACGUGGCCCUGCUGCAGGAACCGGCCACGAAGGUUAUCAGAGGAAGGGCAGUUUUGCUAGCCAAACUGAAUCGGAUUUGGAUGACUUCCUGUUAGAUCGCCUGGAGCCAGUCAUCAUUAAUGGACGCGGGGUCAAUGGAGCAGAGCUCAGUCGAACCCAGAGUGCGGAAAGCGCGAGUGGCGUGAGUGUCACGUCAAUUUCAAAUUCCUAUCCUGGUCCACAAUAUUCGAAAGCCACCGGGGAUUCUUCAGAAUCACUGAUUCUAGGGACAGGAUGUUCCUCCCAGCCAACCGAAACUUUUGAUUCUUUACUCCACAGAAUCCAUCAAAAUGAAGAAGACCAGAGCCUAGCCAACCGUCGCUCUUUCCGCAGGUCACAGGUGUUUGAGUCGACGGAAAAAAUUACGGUACCACUAUCUGCCAAUACUGAGCUUCUUAAAUCACGUUCAUCGAUUGACAGUGGCAACACUAGCCAAACAUCCUUUUCCCAAUCUAGCGUAUCUAUCACUAUGAAUGAUCACGUUCAUGAUCCGAAACAUUACAAGAAGCCGGAGAAGAAAUCAAAGUGGAAUUUUUUUCAACGGAGUCACCAAAACUCGCGAAAACGUUCCCUUCCUGAACCGAGUCCGUCUGUCGAAGUGCCAGUUUCCAUAUCUAAACUUCCUGCGUCCAGGCAGGUAGCUCACUACGCACUCCUCGAAAACGAGUUUAUAGAUUCGGAGUCACUCAGAGAUAUUUUCCAGGGGAUCGAGGAAUCACCCACUAAGGAGGAGGAGGUUGACGAGACUGAAGAAGUGCUCCUUGGGCUUGGAUUGAAACGAGAGCAUGGUCACUCCGUUCUGCUGCCAUCACCCCCGCUUUUAGGAGGAUAUGACUUCGCAAAACUUCCUUCCUCACCAAAGGUAUUUUUCAAUAAAAAUAUCUUCGACGACAAUGAAACAAGCGAUUCUCCGCCCAAAGCGGAUGUUCGGGAACAACGACGACCUAACCGACUUGCAUCUGUAGGAAGAAUUCCUCUCGUAGUCUCUAGCCGAGACACGGAGAGAAACCAGCCUAUCCCUUCAUUUUCUCGACCCUUUAGCAAGGCCGAUAUGCCUUCCUUAACAUCCACUGCCAACUCCCAACCUGUACAAUUUUAUAAUCCAGGUCGCCCUCCUGUGGGAUCUCAGACCGAAGCUCUCCCUAGUCAUGAGUUUUAUCUAGAAUGUGCAAUUUCGGACCCUUCCACCCAUAACAUUCCAGGCAAUAAUCGGUCAUAUGCCCAAAAAAAUCACGAAUUUUUGGCUUUCCCGCGCAGGAAAUCUAUAGCUUCUGGCUCUAGUAGUUCAGAAGGCUGCAGGAGCCUAACUGCCGUGACUGCUGUUGCACCACAGCCUGGUUCAAAACUUAACGAAGACGAGAUCUGGAACGAAUAUGAUGACUUCAUCGAUACGGUUUUGUCGCCUAGCGCGGUGCCUAAAGAAAUAAGGUCAGACUUUUCCCAACAACGUUUUAAAAUGGCCACCCGUGCCGGCAGGGCUCUACAAAGGGAGCAAGGUGGAAUAAAUAAUGAUGUCCGUUCUGUUCCCAUACCUUCCGAAGAUUUGGCCCCACAUCGGUCAAUGUCCUCCCCAAGAUCAAGCAGUAGUUCAGUACGUCUACGCAGAUCUAUGAUAAUUUCCGCUCUACAUUUGUCAAUGUCCGAAUCUCCUUCAAUGUCUUCCAUCAACCGCUCUGGCGGCUUCAGCAAUUCGAAUACCGCAGAGCUGCUAAAUCAAGGUGGUACACUAUCCGCCCAACGACCAGAUUUGGAAUCGGAUACGAUUAGAGAAGCCUCACUUCCUACAACUAAGAACAGUGAAGCGGAUCGGCGCAGAAACACAAUACUUCUUGAUAGAGCAGAGCGAGAUCGCAACGGUGCAGUCGAGCAAAUCAACCUCCGGUCCAGCUCCCUCAUGACCAGCCGCUGGUUAUCGUUUGGACGAGUACUUUUCAGCCCUGCACACAACCAUCUUCAAGGUCAAGACCAGGGUCGAGUUCUUGUUAUCGACGGCUUAGGAAACGACGAUUGGUCAUUUUACUGUGCAUUAACUUAUUCUACCGCAACCGUGUAUAGUCUUGGAUUCUCAGGGCCCUCCACAAUUUCCAGUAAUCCCGCCGCCUGGCGGCCCCCUUCCAAUCACCGAACUAUCCAUCACGCGAAUAUAGAGAAUCCAUUUCCGUUUCCAAAAGGGUUCUUUACGGCAGCAGUUAUUCGAUUCCCGGCUACCUGCUCAGAGAGUGGAUUACGGGCUACGAUUUCAGAAUGCAAGCGUGUCUUACGACCGGGCGCAUAUUUAGAAUUGAACGUCAUGGACCUGGAUAUGGUGAAUAUGGGUAACCGAACACGAAAAGCUGUUCGUAUGCUAAAGGAGCGCAUAUUUGCUGCGGAUCCAAGCACAAGCCUCAAACCCGCAAGCGACAAUAUCCAGAAAUUGCUUGGAAAGCGAGGGUUUGAGAAUUUGAAUAGAUGCAUAGUUGGUGUGCCAGUUGCCGGCACUCUUUGGAGCUCAUCUAAUAUAUCUAGUUCUAAUCAAUCUGUCACACCGUUGCAUCCGCAAACCAAUCAAGGGGGUAGUAAACAAAAGCGGCCUCCAUCAGACGACCCCAGUGUUUCUCUUGGCGAUCUUCUUUCGAAUUCGACCCACUCGGAAUCGAAUGAUGAAUCCAUUGCAAAAAUGGUAGCCAAAGUUGCUCGUUGGUGGUAUACCCGCUGCUAUGAAGCUGCAAUACUACCUGAUGGAAAUCCGGAUUACAGCAUCUGGGCAGACAGAAGAGUACUUCGGGAAUGCCAAAGACGCGCGACAGGAUUUCGGUUGCUCAUUGCUUAUGCACAGAAACCAAGCGAACCUCGAAGGACGGCAAGUGUUUAA